CAGUGAUUUUCGAGUUCGUAUGUAAACUUAACCGAUAAUCCAGAUGGGAGAUUCCGAAGGUAUGUACACGGUGGAUGAAGCACUAUCGACCGUCGGAUUCGGUAAAUACCAAGCUCUCUUGCUUGCUUAUGGAGGGCUGGGAUGGAUUGCCGAAGCUAUGGAGCUAAUGAUUCUCUCUCUCAUCGGAUCAUCCCUUCAAUCCGAGUGGCUUCUCUCUCCUAGUCAGAAGAGCCUGAUCUCGACCGUCGUCUUUGCCGGCAUGUUAGUUGGAGCGUAUCUUUGGGGCUUCGUUUCCGAUACUUAUGGACGCAAAAAGGGCAUUUUAGGCGUGACUACCAUUACAUCUGUCGCCGGUCUAUUAAGCGCUUUCUCUCCAAAUUACGCCUCGUUAAUAGUACUCCGUUGCGUAACCGGAGUUGGUCUCGGGGGUAUGUAUAUAUUCAACUCGUGGUUUUUGGAAUUCGUCCCUACGCCAAACCGAGGUGUCUGGAUGAUUGUGUUCUCCAGUUUCUGGACAGUUGGCACAAUACUCGAGGCUGCUCUCGCGUGGAUUGUCGUGCCAAGUUUUGGCUGGAGAUGGUUGCUCGCACUUUCUUCAGUACCUUCGUUUAUCGUACUCGUCUUAUAUUGUCUUGCACCAGAGUCUCCGAGGUUUCUAUGCGCGAAAGGGAGAAUCAACGAGGCUCGUAAUAUUCUGGAAAAAGCAGCUUCGGUUAACAGAAAAUUACUCCCGAGUGGAAUACUUGUUUCGGAUCAAAGGCAGGACGAUUCAGAAAAUACCUCUCUGCUAUCUCCAAGAACGGAUAACGCUAAAUCCGGUUCCUCGUCAUUGCUUAUACUUUUUUCUCGAAAAUUGAUUAGAACUAAUCUUCUACUGUGGUUGUUAUUCUUCGGUAAUACGUUUUCGUAUUACGGCAUUGUAUUACUGACCUCUGAACUGAGCAGUGAUCAGAGUAAAUGUGGAGGAAUCGCACUGCAUUCGCAGAAAAGCCAGAAUUCAAGCCUAUAUACAGACGUAUUUGUUACCAGCUUGGCGGAGGUCCCUGGUCUUAUCUUCUCGGCAUUGAUUGUGGACAGAGUGGGGCGGAAACUUUCCAUGGUGACCAUGUUCGUAUUAGCUUCGGUGCUGCUUCUUCCACUUUCGACCAAUCCUAACAAAGAGGUUUUGACCGUGGUGUAUCCGACGGAAAUAAGGACGAGUGCGGUCGGAAUAGCGAGUGCGAUCGGAAAAAUCGGGGGAAUGGUAUGCCCUCUAGUAGCAGUUGGUUUGGUUGAUGCAUGUCAGCAAACAUAUGCUCUAAUUAUGUUCCAGGUUAUUAUACUUGUGUCUGCACUCAGCGUUUGGUUCUCCCCAUUUGAAACAAAUGGUAUGAAUUUGUCUGAAACUCUCUAA